CCUUGUGUUGGAGAAAGAAGGGCGGAGCGCUCCAUGAUUCGUCACACUGGGCGUGGAUGGGAGCUGGCGAGAUUCUAGAUCGCGUCACAGGUCUCUAGCAGGCGCCAUUGAUAGCAAAAGCCAGGGUUCUUUGGAGCGAUCUCCAUUCUCCACGCGUCUGGAAGAAUUUCUUGGAUAAUCUUGCCCGGAUUGUCGAGCGGGCACUAGUUUAGUCGCGGUGGCAGGGUGUUUUGGACCGAUCCUGUCGCUGCUAAUUGAUUUGGGAGUGAUUCUGGCGUAGGGGAAGAGAUUCUUUACUCCGAUGAGGGCUGGAUCGCGCAGAUUGUGUAAAGCUCUUGCGCAGGCAGCUACCAGAAGGGAUUUUUUCUCUAGGGAAGUUCUCGAGACCAGCGCUCCGGUUUAUUGUCAAGGCAGUGAAAGGAUUUUCACCCUCCAAAGGAGAUUGGCGAGUUCUACUAUCGACACAAAGAACAAUCAUCCUGCUUCCAGGCCUCCAACUCUAAAGAGUGGAAAUUCGAGAAGUUUGGAGCUAGAGAGAGCGGGACCUUUGGUCGAGUAUGAGAGAAGAAUUUCUUCUGGGCACCUUCUCCCCGGAGAUAAAUAUCAGGAGGAUGCCUUGCGAGCUCUGCAAGCUCUGUUUGACUUGCUCAAAAGCACUGCUGCGGAGAGUAGGCUUGAUAGAACGAGUGCCGAACAAUCUCACGGAAGAAGCAAGAGCUGGUGGUCUGAGUUGCUGUCUCCAAAACCAUCCGUGCCAUCAGUAAGAGGCCUCUAUUUGUAUGGCGGCGUUGGCACCGGCAAGACGAUGCUAAUGGAUAUGUUUUACGAGCAACUGCCUUCGACGUGGAGAAAGAGGAGGUUACAUUUCCACGAUUUCAUGCUGAAUGUUCACAGUCGCUUGCAAAAACUCAAAGGUGUGACUGAUCCACUAGAGAUGCUCGCUGAGGAGCUUUCGAAAGAGGCUGUCAUUCUUUGCGUGGACGAGUUCAUGGUCACUGACGUUGCGGACGCAUUAAUUCUCAACAGGCUGUUUGGACAUCUCUGGAGCAAAGGGAUUGUUCUGGUAUCCACUUCUAAUCGAGCUCCUGACCAAUUGUAUGAACGGGGCUUGCAAAGGGACUUGUUUUUACCGUUCAUUGCAUCACUAAAAGAGCGCUGCGUGGUCCAUAAAGUUGGAUCCCCUACAGACUACAGAAAACUCAAUGCAGUUGAGAAGGGGCUUUAUUUUGUUGGAGAAGGAGCGUCUGAGAUGCUCAAGGAAAAGUUCCGCGUUGUAACAAAUGGCGAAUUUACUGCACCAGCAACUGUUGAAGUUGUCAUGGGACGCAGGCUCAAGGUUCCUAUCUCCGCUAAUGGAUGCGCAUAUUUUCAAUUCUACGAACUUUGUGAGAUGCCGUUGGGUGCAGCGGAUUAUUUCGGUCUAUUCAACCAUUUUCAUACUCUCUUUCUGGAGGGCGUCCCAGUAUUUGGAUCUCAUAAUCGGGUCGCGGCUUAUAGAUUCGUUACCUUGAUAGACGUUUUGUACGAGAACAAGGCUCGUUUCGUCUGUUCCGCCGAGGCUCCUCCAAAAGAACUGCUCGAGCGGAUUGUCACAAUCGCAGACGCUCCGAAGCGUACGUCGUCAAGGUCCGCUCGGAACGACGAUGCGGAUUUACUCGUGGAUAACGAGCUGGGAUUCGCGAAGGAGCGAACUAUCAGCAGGUUGAUCGAGAUGCAAACCAAGGAAUACAUUGAUGAUCACGCAGCGUCUCGUCUUGACGAUGACAAUGAUAGCCCAGUGGCUACAGGCACAGAUUCGUGAUGUUUGCCACAAAUAAAAUUCUGUAUUUCGAAUAUUCUGGAGUAUGCUAGCAUAUUUUUGGUCACUGCU